CUCCUAAUAAAAAUAAAUAUUCGAAAAAUAAUUAGUAAAUCAUAAAUAAUACACCAUAAAUAAAGGUUUACUUAAAGAGGUUACCACCAUUCUCGGACAAAGCAAUUCUCAGACGUGGUGGUAAAAGCAACGCAAGGGUCACCUGCUGUUGCCGUCACAACGACAGCGGUUUGAUCUUGCCCGGUAUCCGAUGAAGUACGCGACGAGGGCUCCGAUUGGUUUAAGGCCCGCAAAGUAAUCCAAGUAUAUUGGUCAAGAUAUAUAUUUACACCUGACCCAACCAAUAAACGGCUUGGUCCUUUUUACCAGUCUAUUAAGCUCCGUUACUAUUCCUGCUACUGUCUUAAGUGAAUGUCGAGGGAAGAUGAAAUUCGAGGUGGUCCAAGGCGACCUAGCCUACGAUGGCCGCGUCAUUUUGUAUAUCAUCAAAGGCCAGCUGAUGCAACGAAUUAUAUCAACUACAUGAAACCGUUGAUGUUAGCUGAGGAACUCCAAAUUGAUCACGUUAUCUCCUUAAUCGACACCAAGUCCGAUUGGUACAGACGGAUUCACCCGGAGAGAUACGUGCCAGCCAUUAAAGACUGGUGUCCUGUGACCAAGACUGAGAUCAGUGUCUUUGAGAGCACUGCAUGCCUGCAGUACCUUUCAGAAAGAUACGACGAGAAUGGUUCCUGGACUGGGAGAAAUGCGGCAGAGAAAGCCGCAGUCCUAUCAUGGACCGCGUAUCAAACGGCUGGACUCGGAUUGCACGAGAACUGUGUCAAACAAUGGGAUAUUUUAGAGCGACGACUAGAUAUCCCUGAUCAAGAUUAUAUCGCUCUCCCCGAUAGACCAACGCUGGCAGAUAUAUCAUAUUUUCCCUUUUCUAUGCCAUGGAUGUUUAAAUUUCUUAAUGUGGAUUUGGAAAAAUACCCCAAUAUCAAAUCAUGGGGGGACAGAAUGAUAUCAAGGCCAGCGGUGAAGGCGGUAUUAGAACGUGUACCAACAUAUGGCCAUGACUUAUGAGUUUUAAGGGGCAGCUUCAGAUUUGUUUAUAAACAUAUUCAUAUCCGAAGAGGUUAAAAGACGAUUUUCAUACAGCAUUCACGUCUAGUGCUCGUGAGACUAUAUAUA